AUGUUGAAGCUUCUACUUCUCCAACACAGAACAUCACCUCACAUCCACAAGCUCCAAUCUCUCACCUUCAGAUCCUUAUCCCAACCUCCUCCCUCCUCAAAGUCACAACCUUUAUCACCUUCUUCAACUCUAGCCUCAUCAAUACUAAAAUGCAGAUCCACAGAAGAAGCUCUCAAACUCUUCCAAACAUCUCCAAAACACAACAAAGAUCUCAGACCUCUCUCAGCAAUAAUCAACGUCUUAACCGGAUCCUACAGAUACACGCACGCAAGGUGUUUGAUAAAAUGCCUCAUAGAAACUCUCAAACGCCCUCACAGAGUUUUCAACGCUCUUGAAGAUGUUAAAAGCUCUAAGUUCAGUAACGGUGUGUUUAGCUUACUGAUUAUGGAGUUUGUGGAGAUGGGUUUGUUUGAAGAAGCUCUUUGGGUGAGCCGUGAGAUGAGAACGGCCCCGGAUGCUAAAGCUUGUCUCACGGUUUUGAAUGGUUUGGUUAGAAGGAGAAGGUUUGAUGAUGUCUGGAGUGAGUAUGAAGCUAUGAUCUCUCGUGGGUUGGUUCCUGAUGUUUAUAUCUACUCUGUUUUGUUUCAAUGCUGUUUCAAACAAGGCUUGUCGUCCAAGAAAGAGAUGCUUUUUGAGGAAAUGGCAUCUAAAGGGAUCAAGGCUAAUGUUUAUAUCUAUACUAUAUGUAUCCGUGAUCUGUGGAGGGAGAGUAAGAUUGAGGAAGCGGAGAAGAUGUUUGACUUGAUGAAGAAACAUAAAGUUGUUCCGAACUUGUUUACUUACAGUGCAAUGAUUGGUGGAUACUGUAAAACAGGUAGGUUAAGACAGGCUUACACGUUGUAUAAGGAGAUUGUAGUUGCUGAGUUGCUGCUUCCAAACGUUGUUAUUUUCGGUGCAUUGGUUGAUGGUUUCUGUAAAGCUAAUGAAUUGGUAGCUGCGAGGAGUCUCUUUGUGCAUAUGGUGAAGUUUGGGGUUGAUCCUAAUUUGUACGUUUAUAACUGUUUGAUUCAUGGGGAGUGUAGAUCAGGGAACUUGUCAGAAGCAAUGAGAUUGUGUUCUGAGAUGGAAGGGUUGAGACUUUGGCCUGAUGUGUUUACUUAUACUAUACUUAUCAAUGGGUUAUGUAGUAAAGAUCAGUUAACAGAAGCAGAAAGAUUGUUUCAGAAGAUGAAGAGUGAGAGAGUUUUUCCGAGCUCUGUGACUUACAAUUCGUUGAUUCAUGGGUAUUGUAGAGAGGAAAAUAUGGAGAAAGCGUUGGAUUUGUGUUCAGAGAUGACAUCAAAUGGUGUAGAACCGGACAUCAUAACGUUUUCUACUUUGAUCGAUGGUUACUGCAAGUUGAGAAACAUGAAAGCUGCAAUGGGUCUGUACUCGGAGAUGAGCAUCAAAGGUAUAGUUCCUGAUGUUGUGACGUACACAGCUUUGAUCGAUGCGCAGUUCAAAGAGGCUAAUGUUAAAGAAGCACUCAAGCUGUACAGUGAUAUGUUGGAGGCUGGAAUCCACCCUAAUGAACACACAUUUGCUUGCCUCGUCGAUGGUUUCUGGAAAGAAGGGAGAGUCUCUGAUGCCGUUGAUUUUUAUCUUGAAAACAAUCAGGCUGCGACCGAUAAAGCCUGGAAUCAUGUGGGGUUCACUUGUUUGAUUCAAGGGUUGUGUCAGAACGGUUACGUUCUAAGAGCUACGAGGUUGUUCUCAGACAUGAGAUCUGGUGGGAUAACUCCGGAUAUACCGAGUUAUGUUAUUAUGUUAAAAGGUCAUCUUCAAGAAAAGCGUGUUAUUGACGCAAUGAUGUUGCAUUGUGACAUGAUCAAAACUGGAGUCUUGCCAAACCUUGUGGUGAAUCAGUUCCUAGCUAUGCUUUAUCAAGAGAAUGGAUAUCUAAGAUCAGCUGGUUUCUUGACCAACUCUAAUUAUUUAGGAACUAUCAGCUAAUCUGCACGUAGAUCUCUGUUAUCUCAGAGAAUUUUGAGAUUUUUUUGGUUCCGCCUUUGGCUCUGUAAUUAGUGUUUGCUGGAGGAAAUGUUUGAUUCUAUGACAUUGUAA